CGAGGGAAGAGGACGCCGGACAUUUCUUUCCACCACACGGCCGAGUGGCAGGAGCCAAGAGCACGAGGGUACGUACACCCAUCGCAGCGCAACGACUGAGGCGACGAAAACAAAGGUGGAGGCUUGGCUCUUUUCGGCAACGGCAGUAUUUUGGGAAACAAAGCUAGAGCAACUUCAGGCCGAGCCACAAGCACAACUGCGUCAUUCCCGUCACCACCACCAACCGCUACCACCAGCGUUCGUCGCAUCCCGAGAUUGGCACGCGAGAGGGGUCUGUCAUUCUGGUAGCUCUUGGGCUUGGGAUACCGAUAUUGACGCUCUCUUUCCCCCCUUCUCAGUCUCUUUCUCUCUUUUGGUCAUACACCACAUCUGAAAACAGUAGAGAAACUUACACCUUCAUACACUACCGUACUACGCUCAUGUAUCUCGUGCCAAGCUGCCCUUUGAACCCUUCAUCGAUCAACCUGUUCGCAUGGUUCGUGGCCAGAUUUCAACCGAGGACGUGACGAAGCGAUUGAAAGAGAUCGAGUCAAGCUUGACGACCACGACCACGACCACAACGACAUUGCAGGACGCGGCGCAGGUGCUAUCCCCCAAGGAAAAAGAAGCACCUACCAAUACCCUAGAGGUCUACACUGGCGAACCUGAAGGGAGCGAGGAAAGUGAGGCUUUACAACGACUUUUGAAGAAGAGCUGCGUCGAAAUGGCUAUGAACCGUAUCGAUGGCAAGGAGGAGCUUUAUGUCGGCGGCAUAUGGGCUUUGCGCCGCCCUUCAGCACUGAAGGAGCGCAACAUCACCCACAUUCUCUCCGUGCUGCGAUUUGACCCGGCCGGUCUCAAGAGCGAGACCGACACCUGGGAGAACUACGGAAAGAGCUACAAGCACAUGGUCAUCGACAUCGACGACGUGGAGGAUGAGGACUUGCUCGUUCACCUGCCCAAGGCCGUUCGUUUCAUCGAGGAUGCGCUGUACCCUGGCAGCAGCAAGAAGACCGUCACGGACGGGCCUGAAGAGGAGGCCCAGAAGGACAAGAGCUUCGAGGAGAAGGCCAAGCGCUUGAAGGCGGCUGUGGCCAAGGAUUUGGAAACCGAGUCUGAGACGGAGACGGAGACUGCCUCAGCUAAAGCGGCGCCGGCGGAGGCGAAGCCCACGGAUCCGGAUGCCAUCCUCCCCGCCCCCCUAUUCGAGAAGCUGGACCUCAGCUCUGACGGGGAGAAGCCGGAUCCCAAUACCCCAGGCGGCGUCUACGUCCACUGCGCCAUGGGCAAGUCCCGCUCCGUCUCUGCCAUUGUCGCCUACCUCCUCUGGAAACAUCCUUCCCGCUUCGGCAGGUCCGCGACAUCGACGGCCGCCGCGCAGAACGGAGCUUCAGGAGGGGCGCCAAAGUCCGCCGACGAAGCCGCGGCAGCGCAAGAGAGAGCUGCAGCCGCCGUCGCCGCCGCCGUGAAGUGGGUUCGCAACACGCGGGAGAUUGCGGAGCCGAAUUCGGGCUUCAUGAAGCAACUCGAGAUGUGGUGGAUCAUGGGGUGCCCUGACGACGUGGCGUCACACCCGAUUUACAAGCGGUGGGAGUUCCAGAGAGAGAUUGACGAGAGCCUUGCCGCGGGCCAGGCACCAACGAAGUUGCGGUUCGAGGACGAGGAGACGAGCAAGGAAGAGGCGGAGAGCGUCAAGGGUAUGGAGGUGCGGUGCAAAAAGUGUCGUAAAACGCUGGCUACGCCGCGCUUCGUGCUCGAUCACGAGCCUGAUGCUCUUAGGGACCAACGGCAGCAACAGCAGCCGUGCGGACACGUCUUUGUGGAGCCGCUGGGGUGGAUGAGGGAGGAGCUGGAGAAGGGGUCGUUGGAGGGACGGCUGUCGUGCCCGAAUCAGAAGUGCGGUGCCGCCGUGGGGAGGUAUAGCUGGCGGGGAUUCCGGUGCAGCUGCGGCGGGUGGGUUACACCCGGAUUCAGUCUGCAAAAGGGGCGUGUGGACGAGGUUGCUGCGAGGGUUCCUGGGGCUGGGGGUGCGGCGGCGAUGGGGAUUCGGAUGCCGCCUGGUUCGGGGAGGUUGUAGAAGCAUAGGGAUCGAGUUCGCUCAGAGCUUGCGGUUUAGAGCUAGAGUUAGAUGUAGAUGGUGAGGAUACAUGGAGAAAGAAUGUGCAUUUGGUAAGACGUUGGAAGAGGGGGCUUUGGCCUGGAGUUGGGUGGGCGAGAGGGAAGGAUUGCAUGACAUAUACGGUUGCAUCAGCCUGGGAUAUGGGAGACGGGAGGGUAUUCCUAGAUGGCAGAGAGACUCGUUCUAGACGAUCCCCGCUGACUGCGAACUCUUGAAUUGCACGUACAUUUGGCCCCGUCAAUGGAUUGUUACAUGUGAAUGGCUGGAUACUUUGCCUUUCUUCAUGGUUGCCUUGCAUCAAGGUAU